GAAAUUCCUGGGUGGACGAGAAGGAAGUUGAUUCUCUUGCACUGAACUUUUUCCUGAGUUGUAGAACUUAGUUCUGUGUUCUCUCUAAAGAACAUGGCUUGUACUGAUAUUAAAGUAAAGGAACUAGACAGACGUUCUUCAGGCCAAGCUUUUGAGAUCAUUUUGAGCCCUACAGCUGAAACAAUUCCAGAGUUUCCUCUUUCUCCCAAGAAAGAUCGAUCACUUGAAGAUCUUCAAAAAAAAAUGGAAGCUGCAGAAAACAGACGAAAGUCACAUGAAGCAGAGGUUCUGAAGCAGUUGGCUGAAAAACAGGAACAUGUAAAGGAAGUGCUUCAGAGAGCAAUUGAAGACAGUAACAAAUUCAGCAAAAUGGUAGAAGAAAGACUGACUUCCAAAAUGGAGCUCAUUAAGGAAAACCGUGAGGCCCAGUUAGCUGCUAGGCUUGAGCGCCUUCGUGAGAAGGACAAGCACCUAGAGGAAGUGAGAAAGAACAAAGAGAGCAAGGAAACUGAAGCAAUUGUUUAACAUUGUCUGCUCUAGUAAUUGAAUGCAUUCAAAUAGUUUUUAAAGAGCACUUGCAGCCAAAGUGUUGAGUACAACUCUUUUACAAUACUAUUAAAAUUGGUGGCCAAGAAUAAGAACAUACCUAGUUUUUGAAUUGGGAGGUGGGUGGUUUCGGGGAGGGACAGGGAAGAACAGAUGGGGAAAAAUCUGGGAUACUAUUCACUCUAAGUAUUGUCUGCCGUAAGGCAUCUUUUCUACUUUUGCAUUGCCUAUACUACACAGAAAUAGUGUUGUUUACAACUAUUUUGCCCAGGAUAUCUGUCAUGCUAAAUGUUAUAUUUUAGUCUUGGUGUGUAACAUGCCUAAAUGCAAUCUCUAAAUAAAAGUGAAUAAUUCCUGCCUACAUCAACUUAUUUUUGCCUCUAAUUCAUUUUAGAUUGUGCGUAGACAAUGCACGCUUGUGUCUGAAGCAAGUGUGGUGGGUGUUUUUUUUUGCGCCAUUAGCAUU